UUUAUUUUUAUGUAACUAGGUACUCAAUACAUUCAGCAGUCAUAUAAAAUGAGUGAAGCAUUUCCAUUAAAGUGGAUCAAUAAAAAAUGGAGAGAAGGGUUUCAUGUCACUGCUAUGGCAACUGCGGGAAGUAAAUGGGCAAUUGUUAUGUCCCGUGGUGCUGGAUUUUCUGAUCAAGUUGUGGGGCUCGACUUUUUGUAUCCAAGUGAAGGUAUUCAUAGAAGAUGGGAUGGUGGAUAUAGGAUAACAUCAGCUGCUGCAACGUGGCACCAAGCUGCUUUUGUUCUUAGUGUCCCAAGAAGAAAGCCUGCAGAUGAGACACAGGAAACAUUGCGCACUUCUGCGUUUCGUAGUACACAUGUUAAGGGAAUAGCAAGGCACUGCAAUUACCUGGGAGAUCUGUUAUUGGCACUAUCCUUCAGCUUACCCUGUGGGAUUAGUUCUCCGGUUCCAUAUUUUUAUCCAAUUUAUCUUCUGAUUCUGCUGAUCUGGCGAGAGAGAAGAGAUGAAUCCAGAUGUGCACAGAAACACAAAGAGGUGUGGGAAGAAUAUCGCAAGGUAAAGUUGAUGGAAGAAAGGAAUAUGAAGCCACUUGAUUCAAAUCUUGCAACAUUAUCAACAAGAUGCAGCAAAGACUUGGAGUUGAAUUUGUCUAAGUCAGUCUUGAGUGAGAUGGGCCAAUGCGUAACUGCUUAUCCAUAUAGUCUUAAAGAAUUAUGAAAGGCAAGAUGCAACUUUACUUAGUUGGAAUUUGAUGUAUAGAGAUUAGAUGCAAAUUUAGAUAUUGUAAGAAAUAUAAUUGUAUGACAUUAAAUUUUAUGCAAUGGAUUGUAU